CCGUCGAACCCAGUCUAUUUUAGAAAAGACGUCAUUAAGGUAACUUAAUGCCUAUAUAUAUUGUAAUCCUUGGCCCUCUUGUGAGUGUGUAUAUCUCAAUGAUUGUGAUUCUACGAAAGUUGUAAAUAUGAAUGGCCCAGCAGCUCAUAAGUCCUUCAACAAUGGAGAAAUCUGUGCAGAUAGCAUGUUCGAGAGCGAGGAAGAACAACUCGCCGGACAAGCAGAGGCAUGGAAAUACACAUUUGCGUUUGUCGAGUCUUUGGCAGUAAAGUCCAUCGUUUUGCUCGGAAUCCCCGACAUCAUUGCGCGCCACGGCCCCAAAGCAACGCUUUCCCUCUCGCAAAUCGCAGCGGAGCUGCCCAGCAAAAAGCCCGACGUCAAUUGCCUCUUCAGAAUUCUGCGCUUCCUCGUUGCCAAGAAUUUUUUCAGGGCCGAAACGAGUGGCGGCGCAAAUGAAGUGAGAUAUGGGCUAACGCCUGCCUCUAAAUGGAUGGUAAAAGACGGCGCGGCGGCGCCGUCGCUCUCCAUGACUGCCAUGCUACUUAUGCAGAACGACGUGACGAGCGUUGCGCCGUGGCACCAUUUCAAUGAGUGCGUUCUUGACGGUGGAGUGGCCUUCGAGAGGGCUCAUGGCCUUCAUAUUUGGGACUACGGUGCUGCGCACCCUGAGUACAACGACCUCUUCAACCAAGCCAUGGCCUGCAACGCUAACAUCGUGAUAAAGGCCAUUUUGGCUAAAUACGAGGGGUUUCAGGGCUUGAAUUCCUUGGUAGACGUCGGAGGAGGAACUGGAACGACCGUUGCAGAGAUUGUGAAGGCUCACCCAACUAUCAAUGGGAUUAAUUACGAUCUUCCCCAUGUUAUAGCUACGGCUCCCAAAAUCCCGGGGGUAAAGCAUGUUGGAGGAGACAUGUUCAGAGAGGUGCCUUCCGCAGAUGCUGUAUUCAUGAAGUGGAUAAUGCAUGAUUGGGGGGACGAGGACUGUGUAAAGAUUCUGAAGCAAUGUAGAAAGGCGAUUCCAGAAACAGGGAAAGUGAUCAUUGUGGAUACGGUUCUGAACGCCCGAGAGAAGACGGCGCUCGAUCCUAGUUUGGGUCUUGUGUUUGAUCUGGUAAUGAUCGCUCACAGCUCUGGUGGGAAAGAGAGAACUGAGGAGGAAUGGAGGAAUCUGUUGAAUGAAGGAGGAUUUCCUCGUUUCAAUGUUAUAGCCAUACCAGCAUUGCAGUCUGUGAUUGAAGCUUUUCCUUAUUAGCGCUCUUUUGUGUAUGUAUGUACAGUGAAAUUGGUUGCCAUACUUAUUAAUGGAGCGUUUGCAGCUUUCCAUCUCCCAAACCCACUAUCGAAAUGGAGGCAUUUCAUCAACUAGAAAUAAAGAUCCACGCGUAUCAUAACUUUAUAUUACAAAUGGUAGUUUGUUUGGAUGCCGUUUGCUUAAUAAGUUAAAAUACCUUUGUUUCCUGUCAAUUUGAAUAUAAUAUUGUUAAAGGGCACCCAAAGUUCCCGUUACUUACUA